UUGCGGCUCGCGUGUACCACUCUCAAGUAAAAGUUGAAACUUUGACGCGCGAACUAAGUGCGGUGUUAUGUCAUACAACUUAUAUGUGAUAUUGACACGAAUUAACCGUUAAACUGAUAAUAAGUCAAUUCGCGUUAAUAAGUGUGUAUACGGAAAAUUUUGGCCUUAAUAUUAUAGCUUCGAACGAUGUUUUAAGAUGCGCCGCAUGUACUGCAUGAAAGAAAAGAAGAGCUGAUAGCGUCUAAAUUUAAUGAGAACUGGCUGAAUAGAAUGUUGUGAAAAUACGAACAGAAAAACGAAGAAAAUUUAAAAAGUUGUAAAAAAGCGCGAGUUGGUCGCGGCAGUCGCGUAGGCGGCGCCGCACGGUGCUGUUGUGGCUCGCUGGCGCUGCUGGUUGCUGGUGGGGGGCGUGGGCGCCGUCAGCGCGCAACGCAGCCCGCUCGGCUGGGCCAUGGGCAGCUCGCAGCGGUUGGCGGCUGUGGCUGCUGUCUCCCACGCGAGGCACUAUUACAACCAUACACAACCCGCCGUCACACACGACGAUACCACGUCAUACACUGUUAAUAUAUUUUUUAUCAGUGCCACAUUGUGCGGAGUACUGGUGGCUGUAUGCGCCGGUUGCUGGCGACGGUCGCCAUCACGAGACAAGCCGGAGGACGGGGUGGAGUGCCGUGGGGUAUACACCGUUAGCACGGACAGUAGGCUUACUCAGCAGGCACAGAUGGAGUUGCCCGGUCCUCCGCCUGCCUAUGACACAGUUGUCGAUGGACCAUCUUCACACCAAAAGUGCCAUUCGCUACAGCAGGUAGUAACAGAGCCGAAUACUAACUGUCAGGAUCCAGAACGCAGCGAUAGUGGGCUACCAUCAUAUGAAGCUGCAGUGUUACUAAGGGAUACCAAAUUAUAAUAUGCCUUUAAUAUCAUAAACACAAGUAGUAGGUAGUAAGUACACAUACAAUUAUAAGAAAUAAUAUGUAAGUAUUAUUAUUAAUUUUGUAUUGUUAAAUAUUUAUUGAAACCACAAGUUCUCAACCCUAUUUAGCACU